AUGUUGCUACGUCUCAUUCUCGUCCUAGGGUGUUUGACAAGCCUGUGUCAUGGAGACAUCCAGGUCAGCACUGAUGAGGAGGUAUCUCCCGGAACGGUAGUCACUCGUCUCCCCGACCAUCGGCUGGUCUUUGGCAACCUGACGGAGGAUCAGAUCCUCACACUGACCUACGCCAUCUUGAGCCAGAACAGUUUUCCCGCCAGUUUCUUCAAAAUCGACCCCAAGAGCGGCGUGGUCGCCAUAGCCAGCCGGAUAGACAGAGAGGAAAUCUGUGACCCCAUAGACGUGUGCUCGGUGAAAAUCAACAUCGCUAUCCAGUCGGGAAACCAAGCACUCGUGUCCUUCUCCACCGUGGUCAGUCUUGAGGUCAUCAUCAAUGACGUCAACGACAACCCGCCACGGUUUCCGGCAAGGGACGUGACUCUAGAAGUACCGGAGGGUGCCAAGGUUGGGACCGAACUGAAGAUCAGCGGAGCUAUCGACCUCGAUUCCAGACCUGAGUUCACCGUCCAGCACUACAAUAUCACUCCGCCACUGAGCACCUUCAGCCUCCGGUCGACCUUGAACUUGGACGGCAGUAGUACCAUAGCGCUGAGGCUAGAGAAGGAGCUGGACCGGGAGGUCGUUGAUGAGUACAUCUUCAACAUCAUGGCCUAUGACAGUGGUGCCCACCCGCAGACCGAUUACCUAGGGGUCGUUGUUAGAGUCACGGACGUCAACGAUAAUGUGCCAAAGUUCAGCCGCUCCAAGUACGAAAUGACGGUAAACACAAACGAGAGACCAGGAGCCAACAUCGGGCAGGUAACGGCAACAGAUGAUGAUGUCGGUGAGUUCGGACACGUGACCUAUAGCUUCAGCUCCAGCAGCGAAUCCGUGAUCAAGGGAAGCUUGGCCAUCAACUCCUCCACCGGCUGGAUCACAGUUAAAGGAGACCUGAAGACGUUCCGCAGGUCCUCGCCCAUCCUGUUGUUUGUUGACGCUAGGGAUGGCGGACAGCCGCCCUUGGGUAGCCAGGCUCUGGUGUCUUUGCUGGUUAUUAACUCCGAGAACAACCGGCCAUUCAUCAAAGUGAACACUGUGGCAGCAGCAGACGUCACCAGCUUGAGCAUCCCGGAGUCGGCGGCCAUGGAUCACUUCGUGGCUUUCGUUGACGUCGAUGACAGCGAUGAUGGAGAUAAUGGACAGGUCGCUUGUCAGAUUGUAUCGGGUUUUCAGUUUAAACUGAGAUCUGUCCCAAACAAGGGCUACACUUUGUUGCUGAACGCUUCCGUGGAUCGUGAGCAGAAGGAUUCCUACCAGGUCGUCAUUAGCUGCAAAGAUGGCGGCAGUCCUUCCUUGGAGACACGGGUGACCUUGACAGUCAAUAUCACAGAUGUCAAUGACAACACUCCCAAGUUCUCCAGCAACCUGUACACUGCUACAGUCGAGGAAAACCGCGACCCCGGACAGUUCAUCACUCAAGUGACAGCUCUAGAUGCUGAUACUGGCAUGAAUGGAGAGCUUACCUACUCUCUACCCAGAGAGGCGCAGGAAUAUCUCCGAAUCCAUGCCAAGUCUGGAGUGAUAACUUCCAAUGUUCCGCUAGAUCGAGAAAAGAAUGCAACUCUUCGGUUCACAAUUCUCGUCACGGAUGGGGGCGAGAGACCUAAAACUGGCGUGGCAGAGAUCUCCAUUUCCAUCAAAGACGUCAACGACAACAGCCCACAAUUCAACGAGACCAAAUUUGUCUUCUCUGUCUCCGAGCAGGCUCAGAAUAACAGCACAGUCGGCAUCCUGUCUGCCUUUGAUCUGGACAUUGGCUCUAACGGAGGAUUUGACUUCUAUUUCGGCGGGUCGGCGACAGGUGAAAUGCCACUACCUUUUAUCGUUCUAAAAAACGGUUCCAUCCAAGUCACCGGGCCACUGGACAGGGAGACCAAGGGACAGUACUCGUUCACAGCGAUGGUGAGAGACAGGGGAGACACUCCUCGCUCCAACACGGCGGCCGUGGAGAUCAGAAUUCUGGACGAGAACGACAAUGAUCCAGUCAUUUUGUUCCCCACUUCCAGAAACCACACAAUCAUCGUUUCCACCACACCAGAAAACGGAAUGGUUCUGGGUCGCAUUAUUGCUUAUGACAUAGACGAGGAGGACGCUGCCAAACUGCUGUACUUUAUAUAUGACGGGGAUAUCGACCGGGCGUUUUCUAUGGACGCCAACACUGGAGAGCUGAUUGUUCAAAGCAUUGAACAUCUGCAGAACCCCAAAGAGUAUUUCCUGUCCAUCAAAGUUGAAGACGCUUCUAAACACCCCAGAAAUACAACCACGCAGUUGAGAAUCGAGGUCUUGUUUGACAACACAACUGCUGGAAUGACGCUAGCUCAAACCGGAAGUUCACGAGACCAAUACGUCAUCAUUGUUGGGGUCAUUGGCGGGGCUACCAUUGUUCUGUCUGUCAUCAUCAUCACAGCCAUUAUUCUUAUCCUUCGAUCUGAGAGGAACAGACAUACCUCUUCUGACGCCGCUUCAGUGAAAAGCAAGUUCUUUGAUCAAUCCUUAGCUGCAGAAGUGGCUACACAGAAGCUGGUCAGUGACCUCAAAGUGACCAAGUCACAGAGUAGCUCUUCUGUGGGUAGUGUCUCCCAUGUGACCAGCCCUGGGACAGAGUCCCAGAACAACAGAUGCCCUGGCUCGAUGACCAGUCCCGGGCUGCAGGCCAAGAAACAGGAGGAUGUGCAGAAGAAGGUCAGUUUCAGCCUCCAGGACGAUCGCCAUGAGCAGUGUCAAGGUCAGACAUCUAAUAAUCAGUUGAGAGUACAACUUCCGGUGGCGUAUGAGGGACAUGCGCAGUGGAAAGGUUAUAACAAGUCUGACGACAUCAGCAGUGACACGUCCGGCGAGUCCGGCACCCUGGACAGUGGCCGGGGCACCAGCGAGGAGGACAUCAAGUUCGAUCACAUGCUCAGCAGAGGUCCUCCGAGAUUAGGCGACCAGUUCAUUUCCACAAGAGACACAUCGUAUGCCCACUUCUCCACAUCAACGCCAGCCUUAUCCAGACCGACCUCCGGGGGUCAAGGACAGGUCAGCUGCCAACCACAACCCGACCAGCCAUACAUCCUGGCAACCUCGCCAACAUCGGCCAGACACGGCUACCAGUUACAGCGACAGCUUCCUCUCGCGUCCUUCGCUCCCUCUUUUUCAUCUUCCAUGCGACAUCCCAGCAUUCAGCGGGUUUCCACCGUGGCUACAGGUAGAUCUGCUAGUCCGCGACCACCGGGAGCUGCCCCAGCAUCCAUCUACCGACAUCAAAACUCCAUCACUUCCAUGGAGGACGACGUCAGCACCACCACUUCAGGAAGUUACGUCAUCAACCCUGAUGAUGUCUGCUUGGAAAGUUACAUGAAUAAGGAUGUUGUGGUAUAG